UUAAUUGAAAUCGUAACACGUAAAAUUUUGUGUUGUUUACAAGUCGACGCCGACUGUAGCACUGAAAACAAAUGCCUGCGAAUGUUGUUUUUCUUCUUUUGUUUUUUUCCUCACCGCACAUGGCAACUCCGAUAAGAAAAGACACGAUAAAGAGAUCCCACAGUGAUUCGAAGCAGUGUUUGGUACGCGUUCAUCGUGUUUGUACGUUUUUGUGCUCGUAUUGUCAAUAAAAAUCACUAAAUCACGAAAAAUUAAUCAAAAUGUCUUGCAAACAACGCAAAGUCGUUAUAAUGGGCUACAGAUCAGUUGGUAAAUCAUCUCUGAGUAUUCAAUUCGUCGAAGGACAAUUCGUAGACGAUUAUAAUCCAACGAUAGAAAACACGUUUACAAAGCGCGCGCGUUUCAAUUCGCAAGACUACGAGCUAAAGGUGAUCGACACGGCGGGGCAGGACGAGUAUUCGCUGAUAACAUCACAGUACGGUAUAGAUAUCCACGGAUAUGUCCUUGUUUACAGCGUAACGAGCAAUAAAUCGUUCGAGGUGAUUAAGUCUUUGUACGCCAAACUGUUGGACAUCACGGGGAAAGUUGAUUUACCAAUUGUUUUGGUUGGUAACAAGACGGAUUUGCACAAACAACGUGCGAUAUCACCAGAACAAGGGCGCAAAUUGGCCGAGGAGUGGAAAGCGGUGUUUUUGGAGACGUCAGCUAAACACCAAGAAGAUGUUCUUGAUAUUUUCAACGUGCUGCUGCGUGAAAUCGAACGCACGAAUGGAAACCUCACAGAAAGAACCAACUGCGCCGUGUCUUAACCUGAAACAGAACACAAGCAACAAACGCAAAAGAAAAGUAAACAAAAAGUAAACGUACCUAACAUAUUAUUUAUAUUUACAUAGAAUAGGAACCAAAAUAGUAAUGACCAAUGAUGAUUAAUGACGUGUGCGUAAAAUAGUAAAACUUUAAAACUUUCAAAAUGAAAAACAAAAAAAAAAACUAACACUUUUAGGUAAUUGUUUUAUACUACUGCAGUAUAAAUGGUUUAUAAAUCAUUUUAUAUAUUUAUAUUAAAAGAUGUAUUUAUGUAUUUGUUAUUGUCGUAGUCAAAACAAUUUAAUUAGGUUUAGGAUGAUCUGUUAAAAGUUCAAAGAAGUGACUUUUGUACAUGUAUUUCAUAAGUAUUAAUCUUGUAAACAAAUGAACAUAUUAUGAAAUUUACGAAUUCAUGAUAAUGUUUCAUUGUGUUUCUGUUUUCUUAUUUGUAGAUGUUGUAGAUGUAGUAGAUGUAGACUUUGUAAGUUAUUUAGUUUAUAGGAAUGUGAUUAGUAGUGUUUUUGUACUUUAAUAUUUAAGAUUUGUCAAAAGUUUGCAAUAUUUAUCAUUGUUGUCAUUAUUGGAAAACAUGUAAUACAAAAAAACAAAUAAUAAACAAAUUGAUAUUUA